AUGGCGCCGGAUGGAAAUAGAGGUGAGAAUGAAUUGGUAUUGAAAUAUGGCCAACCAUUCCGUUUGCAGUGUGUAGAUGAUCCAACGGGUAAGGAUCCCUUGAUGUUAUACACAGCUCCAAAAUCAUGGGAUCUGACAUCGAUUAUACCGAACUCUUUUGAUACGCGGAAAUAUGGAGAAAUUAAUUUGACGUUGGGUUUGUGUUCCAGAAAGAAUUGUGGACCUGGUAAACAAAUUCCGGCUGCCUAUACCCAUUGGUAUUGUCAGCAUAUUGAUCCGCAUAAACGAUUCGAGACGGAGGGGACACCAUUGCCGAGCAAUGAACCUUUGGUCAUAACCCACAUGGCAACCAAUCGUAAUCUGGCUGCCGAAAAUACUGUCAUACAAACUCUAUUCGGUCCGGAAUUUUUAGUUUCCGUACAAAAUUAUCGAAAUAUUUUCAAACGUGAGACCUGGCAAAAUUUAUGGAUAAUCAGCAAUGGUCAUCAGUGUAAAUAA